GGACGACCAGGACUCUGAAGGUCAGAGAGCUUUUCUCUUCUCGGCAACUUCUGCUGCAGUCAUCUGAAGUGGAACUGGAACCCGAGUCGAGGAACAGAAACUGUUCUGAAGACUCCGACAGACGAGUCGAGACAGACGAGUUGUUGAGACAAACUUUGACACAAACGUCUCCAUGACGACCGGAGACCCCGAACAACCAUGUGGAGGAAACAGGAAGUCAGCCACCGCGCUCAGCACCAUCGCUGUCCAAGCCGGCCAAUCACAGCUGGUUGUAUCUGUCCUGAAGAGUGGGUCUGCCAUCCACCUCCAGCUGGUUCAGGCUCAGCCGGGACUCUGUGAGAUCGGAUCGAGCCAGGAGGAAAACCAGACUCUGAUCCAAGAACUGCAGCAGUUACUGGACACACUCAGGAACCGUGAGGCGGACGCUCUGGCCGAGGUGCAGAGGAAGCAGCGGACGGAGCUCAGCAGGAGGGAGCAGCACUGGAGGAGUCAAGAGGAUGAGGAGGAGGAGCGGGUGUUCCAGGCCAUGGUGGCGUCUCUGAAGGAGGGCUGGUCAGUGCUGCUCCGCCUCCUCCAGCGCCGCCUUCGUGUCCUGCUGCUGGCUGCAGACUUUUACCAGCGAGCACUGGAGUUCGCUGUCAGUAUCAGCAGAGUGGACAGUCUUCAGACCAGCUCCAACCAGGACAGACUGAUCGAGGCCCAGCUCUCGUACGAGUCCACCAGACGAGAACUUUUGCAGAAAUCUCUGCAGGUUUUAAACAGCAGCAACAUUCUGCUGCAGAAACUCAGACAGCUGCAGAAGACUGAGGCCCUCCAGAGGAGAGGAGGAAUCCUGCAGGAGGAGGAGGAGGAGGAGGAGGAGAGCUGCUCCGGGUCCCGGGUCAGUGGGGGGGCGCUGGAGGUGGAGCUGCUGGUGGAGAGGCUCCAGGACCGCAGGAGGAGGGCGGACCAGGUCCUGAGGCUGUGGUGGGCCAAGGACAGCAUCGUGGACCAGGAUGCGCAGCCAGAAUCUGAAACAGAUGGUCCUGACAAGACGGUAAGACGAGUUUGA